AUGAUUAGGCCGGAGACGGAGGGAGACCGGUGCGAAUGGCACCCGGUGCACUCGAAGUCAAUAGGAGUAUGCCCGUACUGCCUCCGCGAGGCUCUCUCUCGCCUCCUCUGGAUCUCCUCCUUUGGAAUCUAUGCUGCUGCUUCUUUCACCACCUCUUCAUCUCCUUACUCUUCCCUCUCUUCUGUUGCUGCGUCUCCAUCCUACAUUGAUCUGAAGAGGCCAAGGCCUUCCUUUCACUUCGAAAGGUGCGUUGAGGACGUCCGAGACUUCGCCGGUAUGAAGGAGCCGGUGACAAAGAGCCAGUCAUGGGUCUUUGCAAGAGGCCGGAAGAAUGGGAAUAAGAAGGAGAAGGAAGGGAAGGAAGAGAAGAAGGAGAAGAAAGUGGAGACUAAGAACAAGACUAUUGUCAUCAGAAUUUUCAUAAGUCCAUACAAGAGCUUUGAUUUCCUAAUAGUGUAUGUAACUUUGUUCUCCUGUAAUGUGGCCAUCAUCACAAUAUUGUGGACUUUCAGGUAUUUGUAUCAAGAAAUUGAUUAUAUCAAUGAAGGAAAGAAUGCUGAUAGAUUUCGUCGAGAAUUUAGAAACAUAAAGUGGGUUCGCGUACCUUUCAUCCAUUGGGAUUAUACAUCUACCAGAGUCUUGACCUUGGAGUAUGUGCCAGGCAUAAAGAUAAAUAGUCUCAAUCAGUUAGAUGCAAGGGGCUUCAAUCAUUCUCUGAUUGCUCGACGUGCAACCGAAUCAUACUUGAUUCAGAUACUGAAGAUUGGCUACUUUCAUGCUGAUCCCCAUCCAGGCAAUAUUGCUAUUGACAUGGAUGGGUCACUCAUCUACUAUGACUUUGGAAUGAUGGGAGAAAUAAAAUCUUUCACUCGAGAGAGAUUACGUGAAUUGUUCUAUGCAGUCUAUGAAAAGGAUGCAAACAAGGUAAUAAGAUGUCUCAUUGAUCUCGAAGCACUACGACCGACAGGAGACUUGGCACCGGUGAGGAGGUCUAUACAAUUUUUGUUGGAUAAACUUUUGAUUCAGACACCUGAUCAGCAACAGACUUUGGCCGCAAUUGGUGAGGAUUUGUUUGCAAUAGCAACCGAUCAAACAUUCUGUUUUCCAUCCUCCAUUACCUUUGUCAUGAAGGCAUUUUCAACUCUUGAAGGUAUUGGUUAUUCAUUAGAUCCAGAAUAUUCUUUUGCAAAGAUUGCUGCACCAUAUGCACAGGAAUUACUAAACAUAAGACAGCAGCAACGCAGUGGAGCAGAACUUGUUGAGGACAUACAAAAACAAGCUAAUGAUGCUGGAAAUUACACCAUCUUGAUGCCAUACAGAGUUCAGAGAAUAGAAGAGUUCGUCAAACAACUUGAGUCAGGGGAUUUGAAACUCCGUGUCAGAGUACUUGAGUCGGAAAGAGCUGCAAGGAAAGCCUCAAUACUGCAGAUGUCUGCUAUGUAUACUGCUAUGAGUGGAACCUUGUUGAAUGUUGGGGUGACACUAAGCAGCCAAGGAAAUCAAGCUAUUGCAAAUGGAUCAUUCAUUGGUGCUGGUAUUUUCUUAACAUUAGUGGUCAGAUCCAUGAAAAGAGUGAAACAACUAGACAAACUUGAGAAGAUGAUUUGACAACCAUUUGGAUGUGGUAUAAUUUUUAUUUGGAUUCCAUUCUUGCAAGCCUCAAGCUUCAUCGCAAUCCCGUCCUGGUUAUUGUAUAUGAAUGUAGAUGUGGAAGUAUUCCUCCUUGCAUAUGGUCUGAAAGAAAUGUGAGACCAUUGUUACAUAUAUCAAUGUAAUGUAUUGGAUUUUUCCUGUGAAGUUGGCCUUCAAAUCUAUCCUACUCUCCACCCAGUGGAAGAUUUGAGA